AUGAAACAGGCUAUCAGCACCCUGCUGUUCUUCGAGGUGACUCCGCAAGACCACUGUAUACUCUUCUGCAUGCUUAACAUCUGCGUACCCCUGGUGCUGGGUACGGUGGUGCUCGGCCUUAUAGGCACAACCUCGAUGCACUGGUCGGCAAUGCAGCUUGUGCUAUCGCCCACCCUACCGCUGCUGCUGACCUACCACUUAAGGGACGAGUCUCCGCGCUGGCUUAUCACUUCGUGGAAGUUCAAAGAUGCCGAGCGGGUUAUCCCCUGGGCGGCUAGGAAGAACGGACUCCCGGACCUGGACAAGGAAUUCUGCUUCAGGGUCAAGGAGAGCGCCGUCUCGCGUGACGGGUUCACCGCCAGGCCCACCUUUUUCAACAUCGUUAGCUUGCCCCUGUUGCGUUCCCAAACGCUCAUCGUUUUUGGUGGUUGGUGGGCCAUCUUCAACUGCUACUACAGCAUAGCUCAGUACAAAUCGUUCGGAGGCGGUGCCGUCUCCUUCUACAUAAUGAUCGGGAUCGCCAACAUGGUCACUCAGACCGUCAACUACUUUGUCCUGAGGAGCUACUGCCGCCGGAAGCCAAUGUCGGCCUACUUUCUGGGGCUGUCCGAGCUGAUGACGUCACUGGCAGCAUUGGUGGCUCUGGGGUUGGAGCUGCCGUUUGCGAAAGUCGCGGUCCCGACCGUCUUCCUGUGGAAGUGGCGUUCAGAACCAUAUCCUCCGAUGGACAGGUCGAUCCCCAUACUCGUCAACGCGGUCGUGUUCUUUACAUUAGGUUUGCUGGUCCUCUCAUUGCCAGAGACGUUGGCGAUGAGUGCAACCCACAAGGGCCAGGAGGCUGCGCAAGAGGACAAGUGGAGGUUGAACUCGCCGCUGAAGCGGAAGAAAAAGAGCAGACAGGUUUCCAGGAAAUGCAUUGCUCGAAAACUUGGCCGAUAG